GGCAGCCACGCAGUGGACUGCUGAUGCAGAGAGAAAGAGAGGGUUAGAGCAAGUGGGAGGGAGGGAGAGCAGGACUCCACACAGGCAAACCAACACAAGCUCGCCUGCAGCAAACACGCUCUCUUUACUCUCCACCGGCAGAGGAUCCUUCACCUUAAUCCAAACGUCUGCAGACUGCUUUGUAGCAGCACAACCUGCCUCAGGGAGCAGAAGAAUUGAGAACAACAUGUGACUGUCCGAAUGCUACUGACGACAGCAUGCUUUGCCUUCAUCGGAUCUUGGCUCUUCUCCUUUGGUAUUUUUUACUCCUACAUAGGCGAGCAUUGACAGAUGAAGACGCCCAGUGGGGACCCACACCAUCUAUUGAAAAACCCCCUCAGAAGAAGUCAAGUAAUUCUUGGUGGAAGUUCUCCCUGCCUUUUAGCAUUCCUUUUUAUGGUAGUUCAGAGAGAAAGGACGAGGAUCCUGUCUUCACAACGACUGUCAAAGACCUGACAGAACGAAAUGGACUCUUUCAGGACAACAGCGGCUCAGGAGAUAGGAGCAUUCCUGAAGGAUCUCAUCCACCCACUACACUAGCUCAAGAGCUCCUAACCAGUGUGACAGAGAUACGAACCGAAUCACUUCCCCAAAGGACAUCGGAUUGGACACACAGAAGCACAGUGCAAAACAACAAUGAUGCUCUUGUUUCUUCCACUAGCAGCUUUAUCACAAACACUUUGUUUGCCAGCAGUCCCACCAGUAGUGACACUCCUAAACAAAAUGCCACACAUACCCACCUACCAUGGGGCACCACAAAAGAGGCUCAAACCACCAUGGAUGUCACAACAAAAAAUAUCCCAACUGAACAAAGUGUUUCUGCAGUGAAUGAUCAUUUUUCUGAGACGAGUUCUCCAACAAUGCCAUCAGAAACUACCAUUACUACUGCUCUGACAUGGCAUGCGACAACACCUGACCCAAUAGAGGUGAUGACCACACCAGCUAACAAACUAUUCCUUGGGUCAGUUGCUUCUUUUAUACCAAAGGACUCAACUGUAAGCGAUGUCCUUACCUCAGUAGAGGGAAGUGUUUCUGCAGUGGGUGAUAAUUUGUCUGAGACAGCUUCUCCAACAAUGCCAUCAAAAACUACCAUUACUACUGCUUUGACAUGGCAUGCGACAACACCUGAUCCAAUAGAGGUGAUGACCACACCAGCUAACAAACUAUCCCUUGGGUCUGUUCCUCCUUCUACACAAAAGGACUCAACCGUGAGUGAUGUCCUUCCCUCAGUAGACACCACAGUUUCAGAAACUAAAACCACCCAAAGUCAGACUGAGCUGAUCAUCUCAAAAACCAGUAUGGGGUACCAUGAAGAACAUCCUGAAAGAACCUCUGCUAUAGUUUGGAUUGAUCCUACUCAAGACCUUGAAUCUAUUGCAAUCACAACUCAGACCCACGGAGCCACAUUUCCAAUGACACAAGAGCUGCCAAGAACGGCGAGCAAGGAGGAAGAGGAAGGUGCGUCUCCUUCGGCUUCAAGUUUGGCAGAUGAAUCCACAUCAUCCACUAAGCAGCUAACAGCAUCCCUGCCGAGGAGCACAGGGAAUCCUUUGGAAACUCCUUCUACGCUUCUGUACACCGAAGAAUGGAUGUCUGCCUCCGCUAAAACAGACUUCACCUUACUUCCAGACUGCAACAAAGAGUUCUCUGGAAUCUGCAACAGUUCUUCAACCGGGAAUAUUUCCGCCUCUUUGGACAUGAAGCCCACACAGAACACCUCUGCUAUAAACCAGUCAAACAAUCCUCUUCUUAUGCCUGCUCCACCCAUGUUGGUGCCACUGUAUACGGACUGGAACAGUGCCAUGGCAGCCUGGGGUCUGGCCUGGGAGGCCCAUGUCUAUGGUACUGGGUGCGUCUUUGCAUUGUUGACCCUUGCUUCUGCACUCAAUUUGCUCUGCUUACCCCUGCGGUGUCCAUCUGGCUGCGGCUACUUUACCCUGGUUAGCCUGUUCCUCCUAGCUGCAGGCUGCAUCCGGUCAUUCUCGCUUUUGUACGAUGCAUACGGCUACCAGGACCGCAUUAGCUCCACCGAGGCCUCGCUGAUGCUCUACGAAGCGCCUUUUCCAUGUCUCACUGCAGCUUUUGGGCUGGUUUUUCUCCUCCUCUCAAUGCGUUCCAGAAUGCAGCUCUCCUAUUCAGCCUUCCAGAGACCCUGUUUUCUGGCCUGUCUGGUCGUGUUGCACUUUGCUGCUGCUUUUGGUCCAGCCACAUUGCUGAAUUUCUACCAGCAGAAGCCUCACUUGUGCCUCUUUCUGUCACUCAUCUCCCGUGGAGCUUUUGUGGCGUUGGCAACCUUUCUAUCUGCUGCCUACUUUGUUUUCUACAUCUACGUCAGGGCAGACUCGAAGCACAUCUACCACCUGAACAACACAUCUCCAACUCCUGCCGAGCGCUACAACCGCUGUCCCUUCGCCGACAGUCGGGAAUGGAACCGUGCAGCUGUCAUAGUUUGUCUUUCAGCGUUGUUUUCUUUAGCAUGUGCAGGCCUUCAGCUAUACGCAAUGCUCAACGCAAUGGGUGUUGCUGGUGGGAAGGAGGUCUUCCACCCUUGGCCUUGGUGGGCUUUUCAGUUCAGCUGCAGAGUUUGUGAGCUAGGGGUAUGCCUCACUAUAGCCUUUGUGGUUGCGCAACCCAUCUAUUGUUCCGACCAGCUUCCGGGGGCUGGUAGCUGCUGGACUGAACUCCUAGCAUCAAAGUCUCCCAUUCUUCCAGGGAGUUACCAGUGGACUUUGACCCAACAUGAGAAGCUAGCCAUCGUUGACACCGUGGGGCUUACAGAGACGGAAAGCCUUCCUCUGUACACUCUGAUGGACGAAAGGCUCGGAAGCAGCCUAAAUUGCCUGGACCUCCUCUACCACAGUAACCGGGCCUUGGCAUACCGAGACCUGGAGAUGAGUAUGAAUUUGCGGAGCUCGGAGAAACCUGAGGAUGUGGGCGGCAGGGAGCUUUCAGGUGGAUCUUCUUUUACCAGCGACUCUACCACCGACUUGCGGCCACCCUCACCCAUAAACCUGCGCCGCAGCAUAGAUGAAGCCCUCUUCAGUGAGGCCUUAUUUCCAAUGAGCCUUUUCAGCCCUGCAAGGCCUUUUCGCUGCAGCGACGUAUCUGUAAACAACCACUGGACUCUUCCAAGCAAAGACCCUCCUUCAGCUGACCCUGGUCUCUAUCGAACCUCUUCCUGCUUGGAGAUGGCCUCACAGCCACAAGGUGACGGUCCCUCCAAGUGCUCAUCCUCCUACUCUUCAUCCCCUGAACGUUGGAGAGGCAGCUCCUCCUCGUGUUCGCUCUACCGAGCCUCUCUUGGAGGCUCCUCUCUGGUCCUCUGUCCAAGCCCAGGGCGACACAGACAGCUAAUUCUCGAGAAGGAGGGCGCAAACCUCCCGACCUCCUCCGACCCACAAAGACAGUACCAAACUCUGGGGUCGGCCUCACAAGAAAGCCUAAACCCGUCAACGGCAGCGGAUCAAUCCGUGCAGGAAGAAUUCAUCAGUGUUUGCAGACAGAUCGAUGCUUCAAGCAUCUGCAGCGAGACUAUUGAUUUAUAAUGGAGGCUGAUGAAAGAUCGUUUGGAGGUUCCUGAGCGUCUCCUCUGUGUACCCAAUUAACUGGAUUUUUACAGUAUUGCAUGUCAGCUUUACAAACAUCAUGAAAGACUUGUGGCGGCCAAAACAUUUAUGUGAGGUUUGCUGAGAUAUUUGCUUGGAUAGUUGAUAUUACCAAGGAUUCAAGUGCCAAGACCGUCAAAAGCCACGAGGUCAUUUGUACAUUUUGUGUGUGAUGACGAGAAUGAGUUUGUGUUAGUGUUAUUGCUUUGCAACAUUCAUGUAGAUCGUACUGUGAUCGAGUUAAGUAAUUAAAUACUACUGAGGUUAUACAUUUCAAAAUGAAUCAUUGCACCCUUUUGGUUGAAUCAGCGGAAACCUCCCAACAUGAAGUGCUUUAAAGUUCUGCAAACAGCGACCUCUACUGGUAAAAGCACGACUUCAUAAAGGCCAUUUGUUAGGACUGGAAUUCUAAUUUAUUUAUGUUUCAUAUGAAUACAUUGUUUAAAUAAAGACUUUUAUAAUA